AUGUCUUCAAACUUGGGGCUGCUAGCUGAAAAGGCGGCUAAACUUGCUGGUACACCUACGACUACUGCAGCGCCAGCGUGGCGCCAGUUUCCGUUCUUUGACGCAGUGACCGUUAAAGAUGUUCACGACUUGAGUAGCACUCCGGAUAUUUUCAAAUCCACACCCGAGAUAUCGACUGCUAUCGCGUCAUCAGCAGGGACGCUCGUUGCAGAUAUUCAUGGGAGUAUUCAUCUCCUAAACCGAGAUUUUGAAUCCACAAAUAGCUGGCUCGCUCAUGUCGGAGGGAGAGUAACACAUAUGGCGGAAAGAAGGGGCAUUCUGGUGACUUUGGGUGAGGAAGACGCCGUUCGAUCCCCCUUACUCAAAGUAUGGGAUUUGCAAAACAAAGACAAGAAGACGGGCGUGCCUAAUCUCCUUCGCUCGACCAAAGUACAAUUAAACAAUCGUCCACACCCUGUCACAACCGUGGCCCUAUCAGCUACUGUUGCCCAUUUGGCCAUUGGACUCGGAGAUGGAACCGUUAUUCUAUUUCGCCACCUCGAUCAGUCUCUUGCUACAUCCACUUCUCUUACUGCACUUCCUAAGGCGCGUACUGUACACGAGUCACCUACAGAACCCAUCACUGGGCUUGGCUUCCGUGAGCCGGUUCAGGAUGACGAAUCUCCCAACUCCUAUCUUUUCAUUGUCACGACAAACCGAGUACUGUGUUAUCAAGCAUCUGGGAAAGGCAGUGGUGGAAAUGCAGUUGUUGUCGACGAAAUUGGGUCGGGCCUUGGAUGUGCGACUAUGGAUAGGGAUGGAAAAAGCAUGAUAGUGGCGAGAGAUGAGGCUAUUUAUAUGUGUGGGGUUGAUGGUCGUGGAACAUGUUAUGCAUAUGAAGGCCACAAAUCGUCCAUACACACUCACCAGAAUUACCUCGUCAUCGUCUCGCCACCGUUCUUCCCUACCGCCUCAUCUGCGUCAGCCACUGUCCGAAACCUAGUAGCUCGCUCACCUAAUGCCACUGAAACCGAUGUCACGAAGGUCACUGUGUUCGAUCUUCCCAACAAGAUGGUAGCCUACUCGGACACCUUCAAACAAGGCGUCCGCGAAGUUUUCUCGCAAUGGGGACAUAUUUACGUCCUUUCAACAGAGGGAAAUCUGGUGUGUUUAGAAGAGAAGCCUACCUCAGCAAAACUGGAUAUGCUGUACCGGAAGUCACUUUAUGCUCAGGCUCUCAAUAUGGCUUAUACUCAGAAUCUGGAUAAAUCUACUGUUGCUGAUAUCCAACGCCAAUAUGGAGACCAUCUAUACGGCAAAGGUGAUUAUGACGGAGCCAUGCAGCAGUAUGUGCAAACAAUUGGCUACCUACAGCCAAGUUAUGUCAUUAGGAAGUACUUAGAUGCUCAACGGAUCCACAACCUGGUCACUUAUCUCCAAGAAUUACAUUCGUUGGGACUGGCCAACGCUGACCACACCACGCUUCUUCUGAACACAUAUACCAAGCUAAAGGAUGUUUCGCGGUUGGACAGCUUCAUCAAAACCGAAUCCCGCCGUAACGCGAAUGAUAGUGACGAACUACCUUUUGAUCUGACCACUGCGAUCCGCGUCUGUAGACAAGCUGGAUAUUUUGAACAUGCCUCGUAUCUGGCGAAAAAGUACGACAGACACGAGGAUUAUCUGAAGAUACAAAUCGAAGAUGCUGGAAACUUUAGCGAAGCCUUAGCGUAUUUACGGAAGUUGGGCCCUGAAGCAGCUGAAAGUAAUUUGGCCCGUUAUGGCCGAGCUAUGCUAGAUAGCCUACCUGAAGAGACCACCCAGCUUCUAAUCGACCUUUGCACUACAACGGGUCCUCUGACUCCUACAGAACCCACCGAGGCGUCAAUAUCGGCACCCAAACCCGCCGCACCUGUACCCUCCUAUCUGUCAUAUCUCGCGCUCAAUCGUGGCGCAACAGCUACGACCGUUGUCUCAUCCGAAACCGCCACCCCACCGUCACCUUCCAUCAAAACCGCCAGAGCAGACACAGCAUCGCGAAGAGAUUCCGUACAUGAUGUUUCCUCGCCGACCACCCCUCCUCCUCCGACAACGUCCUCCGUCAUAACUUCACGCCAGCCGCCACAGUCUGCCGUGCCCGCACCACCCCCGGUGAAGCCCCUCUCGCCUCGAAUAUACUUCCCACAUUUUGUCGAUCACAUGAGCCAGUUCGUCGUCUUCCUUGAAACUGUGGCGAAGAGGCGCUGGGGCCAGAGUGUUGACGACCAAUCUCCUGGUUCAAUCGAGUUGUAUGGAUCACAAAAAGAUGAUGCGGAAACUCCUGAGGUGGACGAUGAAUUGGUUGACAAGAUGGACCAGGUUGCUGUGUGGAACACCCUUUUGGAGCUAUAUCUCACGCUACCGAAUAACAAAGGCGGACCUGCCAACAAGAGUGCUCAACUAUUCGAGGAGAGUACGAUGAGGGAUAAAGCCCUGCGCGUUCUGCGGAGCUCCAGUAUACCAUACGAUGCAACACAUGCUUUGAUUCUUUGUUCUACAUACCGCUUCACUGACGGUCUCGUACUACUUUGGGAGAAGAUGGGUAUGUACGAAGAUGUUUUGCGCUUCUGGAUGGACAAGGACAAAGAAGGCAACACACCGAACGCGUCGCAGAAGGUUAUCGAGCAUCUCAUGUACUAUGGCAAGGACCAUCCUCAUCUCUACCCGCUUGUUCUGAGGUUCUUGACCUCGACGCCGGAGCUGCUUAACCGGCAUCAAACUGAUUUGAAGGACAUCCUGGAACAUAUCGACGAUGCGCAAUUGAUUCCCCCACUGGGCGUCAUCCAGGUCUUGAGCCGAAAUGGAGUGGCGAGUGUCGGUUUAGUGAAGGAAUGGCUGAUCAAGAGGAUCAAGGAAAGUAGGAGUGAAAUACAGAAUGAUCAAGCUCUCACGAAAUCGUAUCGUCUGGAGACUGCUGACAGGCUAAAGCAAGUUGCUGAAUUGACAAACACAGAAGAGCCUCGGGUGUUCCAUGUCACAAGGUGCUCCAGCUGCCUGGGCCAGCUCGACCUUCCCAGCGUGCACUUCAUGUGCAACCACUCUUAUCAUCAACGGUGCAUUGCGGACAACGAAGCCGAAUGUCCUGCGUGUGCGCGCGAACAUGGCGUCAUACGCGAAAUCAAACUAAGCAAUGACAAGCUUGCCGAUAGACAUGAUUUAUUUCUUGCGGAGGUCGAGGAGAAUGGAUUCGAGGCUAUCGCAUCUGCGUUCGGGAGAGGUGUAUUGAAUGUGGCGAGACAAGAAGAAGUGUCAUAG